GAGGUGCAGGUGAUACAGGUGGAUGUCUCAGCUAAAACCCAUCUGGACUCUACAUCAGCAGCAGCAACCGACACGUCUCUGCACACUGACGCCAACAGAUCGCCAAGCACAAUGAGUGCAGACGGAAGGAAAGAACCCCCUCCCUACAUGAUACCAGCUCAAACCGACGGAGAUGGAGUGAAGGUUUACCAUUUGCAUUCACCUUUCACCCCUCCUGAAUCGCACUCAGUCAAUACACCAGUGUACACGAGUGGAGGAGGCGGCAACCUCGGAGCAGGCCUCGAGUCCGAGGAUGGCAAAAGAAAGUUUGUGAGCUACAGCUCAGACCUGGGACGAAACCCCAGCAUGGCCACCUGUACUUCCUGUCAGCAGCAGGUCAUGACCAACGUCACCUACAAAGCAGGGACGUACGCCUGGCUGAUGUGUUUACUCUUCAUCUGCUGUGGGUUAGUCCUCUGCUGCUGCCUGAUUCCAUUUUUCAUGAAAAACUUCAAGGAUGCGUACCACACAUGCCCCCGCUGCAACAGAGUCCUGCACGUCGACAAGAAGCAGUGCUGUAAAUGACGACCAUGAGUCGCCGAAGGUCCCACAGAAAUAAGGAAUAACAUCCUGCCCCGUCUGUCUGUGUUUCCUCUUUUCUAUGAAACUGAAAGGUCACAGUUCAGAUGCCGCUUAUUUCUAUGGAUGAGCCGUUACAUUAGCGGAGGCAAAAUCAAGCAUGAAUGUAUCUCACACUACAUCAUAUUAUUAGAAGCCAGACUCGGAGUGAUCACAGUGUCACUUUUAAAGCUCCAGUGAGCAAACACACCACAUGCACUUUUAUUUUGGGAGCCGUUAGCUUUUUGUCCCAUUUCCAGUAGAUAAUAAAACGUUCUCUAUUAACCACCUCAGGUAAAAUGAAGGCUUGUACAUAGCUUUGAUCAAAUACUUCAUGUGUACUUCAGGACUCCGCAGUCCAGAUGUGUAUUUGAAGGUAUUGUCACAACCCUUGACUAAACAACAGCAGUGUAAAACAAGUAAAUUACACCGGAGCAGAGAGCAGUACAUCAGCAUUCUUCUCCUCUGCAGUAAUUGCACAGUAAAUGUGUGUUCACAUUGUUUUCGUUUUAUGUUUUACUCAAUAAAAUGUGGCUCAUUUGUGUUACAUUCAUGUUUUCAGUCAUAAAUCUACUUUUUUUUUUAAUUCUAAGGGUUGAGGGGCAAUCUGAGUGAGCAUGAAGUUCAAAGAAAAACUUAUAUCACGUACAUCCGCAGCGAGCAGCUUUUCUUUUCUUGUUUCGAUUAUUUGAAGCUUUAGCCCCGACGAUGCUUUGUUGAUGCGUUAUAACGCAGAGUCAGUGAUGAAAGUACUGCAAUAUUCACACAUUUGCAGUGUUUGAAUGAACUGGAUUUAUAAAAUACACAAAUAUAUAACAAUUGGAUUGAAUUUAAUUUGAAUUCACCGUUUAACACCCGGUGUCGCCAAAUCGUCUAGAUUGUCACUUUAAAGUUCUUUUUUGAACUUGCUCGAUAAAUGUUUGUCUGAUUUUUUUUUGUUGUUCUUAAAAAAUCUUUCUGCUUCCUAAUAUAAUAACAAUGUGAGAGCGAAGAGAGAGCAGACGGAAUAUUGUUGCGAAGGAUGUGACUCCUUGAUGUUGACUGCUGGAGGAAGAGUGGACUAUUGUUAUUUUCUACUAUUUCACAUUAUUUCUCUAAUAAAAUUAGACUUAUGAUUUCCUUCCUUUGUCUUGCUUCCUCUAGAGAGACGACUGUUUUAUUGUCACUCGAAUAGAUCUGAAGUAAACAUUCGGCCCCCGAAACGUGUUUAAAGGGUCCAAAAUUGUUUUUUUAUAACUUGUAGUAGUCUUCUAACUUUUCAUCUAGCGCCAUCAUCAGGUCAAAUUACUUCGAUUUUAUGACUAAAAACACGAAAAACACAACUGAGCGAGCUGUAAUUGGUUUUAAAUCAUAAUUAGUAAAUGCUGACAGUGAGUGUUGCACAUUUUUAGCGUCGUCUCUGUGAGCAUGUUUCAAGCAGCCGAUAAAUGUUUUUGUUUUUAUAGAAAAUUUUAUUCAACAUACAUUUUCCAGCAAAAAGGCAAUAUACAGGAAUAGUUGUCGUACACUGCUGCUACACUGAGGAUUUUAAACUGGAAAAGAUCAAAUUAAGGUGUGAUUCUGCAGGUCAUCUUUGUACUGUACUUUUUAACAAGACAAAACCAAUGCAGUUAGUUUUGAAAAGAAAAAAUCCAAAUGUAACAGAAAAAAAAAAUUAAUAAUUCAUCAAUGGUACAUCAGGAACGCAAAUAAAGAAAGAAAAAAAAAAACCUACACACAAGAAAUAUGAACACCUGGCUCCUUCUGUACCCAACAACAAAGGUGUGUUUCUCUUAAAUUUUACACGUUCAUAUUUUUAAAUAUACAAUUCUUAAAUGUUGUCUUUACAGAGCCAGCUAUACGCUAUUAGGGGAGCAUUCCAUCUGUGCUUUAAAAGAAACCAAAAAAAAAA